AUGUCGAGCUCCUGGGCACUGUUCAUUAUGAUCAUGCUGCUCAUGUUCGCUCUAUUCACCAGUUACAUCUUGCAGCAAAAGAAGAUUCAGGCUGUGCACGAGACUGUGUUGUCGAUUUUCGCAGGCAUGUUCGUGGGUCUGAUCAUUCGUUUGACACCUAAGUCCACCCUCCAGGACAGUGUUGCCUUUGACUACCAGUUCUUUUUCAAUCUUCUCCUCCCUCCCAUUAUCCUCGCUUCCGGAUAUGAGCUUCACCAAGCCAACUUCUUCCGCCACAUCGGCACUAUCCUCACCUUCGCAUUCGCCGGCACCUUUAUCUCCGCGAUCGUUCUCGGGACGGUCUUGUACCUAUGGACCCGCAUCCCGCUGAAUGGCUUGAACAUCUCCUUCGUUGAGGCUAUCUCCGUUGGAGCUACACUCUCCGCCACAGACCCUGUCACCAUUCUCGCGAUCUUCAACCUCUACAAGGUGGAGCCCAAGCUGUACACCAUCAUCUUCGGAGAAUCCAUUCUGAACGAUGCGAUUGCCAUUGUGCUCUUCGAGACGGCGCAAAAGUACGCCGAGAGCGCAGCUGGCUCCCUGACCAUCCUCAAUCUGUUCGAGGCUAUUGGUCUAUUCUUGCUUGUGUUCUUUGGUAGCAUGGUGAUCGGUAUGCUGGUGGGAAUUGCCACGGCGCUAGGCCUCAAGUACACUCUGGUGCGACGCAUGCCUAAGAUUGAAAGCUGUCUGAUCAUUUUGAUCGCAUAUGCCAGCUACUUCUUCUCCAAUGGCGUCCACUUGUCCGGCAUUGUGUCUCUCCUCUUCUGCGGCAUCACUCUCAAGCAUUAUGCUUACUACAACAUGUCCCGCCGCACGCAGUUGACCACCAAAUACCUAUUCCAGGUCAUGGCUCAAUUGUCGGAGAACUUUAUCUUCAUUUACCUCGGUUUGGAUCUCUUUGUGGAGGCCAAUCUGCAGUUCAACCCUUUGUUUAUCAUGGUUGCCGUCGUUGGUAUCUGUCUGGCGCGCUAUCUCGCGGUUUUUCCGCUGUCCAAGGCCAUCAAUUGGUUCAUUCGAUACCGCGCCCACCGCCGUGGCUAUGAGGUUGCUGAUGAAUUGCCUUUCGCUUAUCAAGCUAUGCUCUUCUGGGCUGGACUCCGCGGUGCUGUCGGCGUCGCUCUGGCCGCGGGUCUUACUGGAGUGAAUGCCCCUGCACUUCGUGCCACAGUCCUUGUCGUCGUCGUGUUGACUGUUAUCAUCUUCGGUGGAACCACGGCCCGCAUGCUCGAGAUUCUUGGCAUCCGAACUGGCGUGGUCGAAGAGCUCGACUCCGAUGAUGAGUUCGAUAUCGAAGUCAUCCAUGGCGGCACUUAUUACAAACGCUCCGGUAAUAGCCUAGGCUACACACCCCGCCGGAAUGACACAACCAUUCCUCUGGAAGGACUCACAACUGACCCUCAUCCUCCACGCACCGGACUUGGAGAACGAGCCGGGAGCUACUCGAGCGGAAGCAACCGUCGCCCAAGCCCACCCACCCACACCCGCAUGUACUCCGCCGCCUACAGUAACAAGGAUCAACCCUGGCGCGACCGCCAAGCCGCCGCGACCCUCCUCAACGCUGGUGCAGGCCCGAGCAAUGCCGAAGGCAGUGACGACGAAUUUGGUCUUCCCCCCACCGGCGCCCACCCUAAAAACCCCAACAAUCCUACCCACCCUGAUAAGUUUGACCUCGAUAUCGAAGGGUUCUCCGACGACGACGACGACGACGACCUGCCCCCCGCGGCCAGUGGUGCUUCACGUCUCCGUCGCUCCGCCUCCCAGCCUCCUCGCCCUGCUACCGUUUCUCCCAACGCCGCUGCCGCCUCCACCAGCGUUUCCCCAUCCCGCCAGGUUUCCGGCCUUACUGCUCGCGAGGCACUGCGCGAUCUCUUCUCCGGUGGUGCUUCAGGUGACCACGCCGCUUGGUUCCGCCAACUGGACGAGGAUUACAUCAAGCCCACUCUGCUGCUGGACCAGUCCACCCACAAGGGACCUGGACCUGGUAACGUUUGA